AUGCCAGUGCUUGGCCUUAAUGUCGAAGAACGGCCAGCUACAGCUCUUCCGUUGAGGUCGGGCCGUUUAACUCCUCGUAUAAGUUUUGCACAACGGCAGUUUAUUUCACGGUUGCGAGCACGAGGGUACUCAACAGAUUCAAGCUUUGGGGUUUACAGUGGUAGAGACUGUGUUACAACAUUACCACAAUCUGCGUACGUUUCAUCUGGUGAACUCACUGGGCGACGCAUUCGCGAACCAAAUAUUGUUAUUGCAGCAUAUGGAACCCAAGCGCUGCUACAUGAUCAUAAAUCCAGACCGAAAUCUGCACCGACGCCGCAGCACCCUGGUUUACGAGGCAACCUCGAUACGAACCGAACAAGCUUGUUCAUGAAUUAUAGUAAAAGUGAUGGACCGUACAGAGGAACAGCAGCCAAAUGUAGUUACUCAUUUGUGAAACAAAACCUCAGACCGGACACUCACACACAAACCUUUUUGCCAAAGUUUUCCUGCAUUGCUGCUAAACCAGACAAACAUGUAAAGCGCAAUCUCCGUCUGCAGUCGUCGACAAAUGGUCGUCGUAGGACAUCAGAAAUGGCAAAACCAAGACCGAAACGCAAUGAAGUUACAAGCAAAAAUUUCAACAUCGCAGCUUCUCGAGUUCAGAACAACGACACCGAAUUCAGAUGACAAUCAGCCCGGCCGCCAUUGCAGCACGCCACAGCAGUGGCGGCAUCGAAGAAACCAAUGACUAGCAUUGAGACGAUU